AUGGCCAUCGCUACUAGGGUGGAGGCCAUCGCUGGAAGAUUUGCGUUCCACAGCGACGGGGACCUCUUCUUGAGGCCGCGGUCACCCAGGACAGUCUUCCCCACAGCCAAGAGAGGCGAACCAGGAAACCGGCAAAGCAGCCCUCCUCUUCGAAGGUGUCAUUCACCCGGCCUUGGUAUGAAAGAAGGUCUUCGCUUCAGCACAUCGCCACGGGAUACCUUCCAGUUCAUCCCUGCAAAGUCUGAGGGAGCCGGUCGCUUGUAUGACACGAGUGUCCGUGAAGGAUGUCCCGGAGGCACCAUCAGCAUGGCCAAGAGAUUCGGGCAAAGUCCACCUCAAG